CUUAGUUCUGAAACAACUGUUACCCUUCCGUUUUACCAAUUCCUCUGCUACUACAAUAUUAAAUAUGUUUGCGUCGCUUCCAACAAAACCUCACCGACAACUGCAGAACGGGAUGGCAGGAGAAAAGUGCGCUAGAUGUGGGAAGGCGGCCUCGCUAGCCCCAUGCUACACUAGACCGGAUACUGGGGAGAUGUACCACUACCAGUGUAUCAUGAUAAGUCUACCGCUGGAGAAACCUAUUGCUCUCGAAAAAGCAACCAACCCUAACAGUUUGGGAGAGUUUGAACGAGUUGGUCUGGAGCAGCACAACCGGUUAAGAGCACUCCACCAUAGUCCCCCUCUUACUUGGAGCAACAAACUUGAGGAUCACGCUAAGAAAUGGGUGGCUCACCUGCUGAAACUAAACGAGGGUAGAUCUGCCACUGAGAUGGAACUGCAGCACGACAGUUAUCAAGGAAUGGGGGAGUGCCUGUAUGUACAGUAUUGUGGGAGCACGCUGUCUGCAUACGAAGCAGGCACCAGAGUAACCAACAACUGGUACAGCGAGGAGGACGAGUUCGACUAUGAUGCUAACGAGUUUACCCACGAUACAUCUCAUUUCUCUCAAGUCGUCUGGAAAGGAUCGUGGAAGAUUGGCAUGGCGACCGCUCAGAUUGGUAACACAUUUGUAACUGUGGCUAACUACUGGCCCGCUGGGAACAUACAGUCCUGGUUUAUCGACAACGUUCUCAGAAAGUAGAUUGGAAUUGUAUCCGAACACAGAUUAUGGUUAAUUAGAUGUUAAAAUUUAUCAAAAUAAAUUCGUUUAAACAUAUUUUAGCCAAUUAAAUAUUUUAGCUAAAUAAAUCUCUUAAUAUCUUGAACUUUUCUGGAGGAUCGAAUAAAAAAGUUGAGCAUGACUAGGAGUGCAGCAUGACAGAGUCUUUCGGUUUUUCGAGACUAUUUUAUAACAGAUUCUUAUUUGGAAUGCUGGUUUUUGAAUUUUGU